AUGGAUCUGUAUCAGCCGGAUGGUUCUCUGAAAACCGCUCUGGGUCGCGGCUUAACUCCGAUUCCCGGCUCAACAGGCGGCUCAGAACGGUUUAAAACGAUCCAACUCCUCAAGCGGUCUAAGUAUAGAAGCCGAGCCGUUGUAUUGUCCGGUUGCCGGUCCAACCGGUCCAACCUUCCGGUCCGGUCCGGGUUUGGAAACACUGGUAUUCACGCAAGAUGGUUUUUUGUGGGCGUUGGAGGGUUUGAUGAUGUCUAUAAAGGCUACAUUGAUAAUGGUACAGUUCCGCUGGCAAUCAAACGGCUCAUGCAAGGUUCCAAAGAGUUCGAAAUUGAGAUUAAGAUGCUCUCUCAUUUUCGUCACCAUCAUUUGGUAUCUCUCAUUGCCUACUGCAACAAUGACAACGAGAUAAUACUUGUCUAUGAGUUCAUGGCUCAUGGAACCUUUCGUGAACAUCUUUACAAUUCUGAAAACCAACCACUUUCUUGCAAUCAAAAGCUGGAGAUUUGCCUAGGUGCUGCUCGAGGACUGCAUUAUCUACAAGCAGGGGCAAAGCAUGCAAUCAUUCAUUGUGACAUCACGUUGACAAACAUCUUAAUAGAUGAAAACUGGAUGGCCAAGAUUUUUUAUUUUGGACUAUCCAGAAUGGGACCUUGGGGUAUUUCUAGAUGUAACAUUAACAUAAGUACAUUAGUGAAAGGAAGCAUUGGUUAUAUGGAUUUAGAAUACUACACAUGUCAAAUCUUGAUGGAUAAGUCAGACGUGUUCUUAUUUGGAGUUGAGUUGCUAGAGGUAUUAUAUAGGAGGCCUCCUAUUCUCCGUGCGGUGGACAAGGAGCGGCAAAACCUUGUUGAAUGGUUUCGAAAAUGUGUUGAUCAAAAUGAUAUUUAUGAGACUCUGGGCCCAAACGUGAGAGGAAGUAUAAAACAACAGUGCUUAAACGCAUACACUGAGAUUGCGUUGAAGUGCUUGGCUAAUAAUGGAAAGGAACGGCCAUCCAUGGGCGACGUGAUGUUGGGGCUAGAGUCUUUGAUGGAGUCGCUGAACGAAGCAGAGAAGACAAAGCUUGGUGGGACUCUAAAUGAGGAGGUUACUGUUGAAGAAGGCAUAGAGGAAGUGAGGCUUGAUGUGGACGAAAUUGAAAGAAGGAGCAAGGAAAGAGCUCUGAUCAGGAAAGCGACAAAAGGUGUAGAAAGAAGAGAAGGUUUUGCCAGUAGUGAUGGACCAAGGAGCUCCUCAAACAGCAGCAAGUUGACGAGGUCAAGCAGCGAGCAUCAGUCUUAA